ACAUGUACUUAAACAAGACAGGACUAAAAUAUCAAUUAGGAUGAAACGUUUGGUAUCGAGGAAGGGGAGCGGUGAUGAAAUAUCGUCCGCCUCCCAUCUAAAUGUUCGUCGUUCUUCUGUUCCGAACCGCCGCCUUUCUAUUGCUGAAUGUGUACAGUUAGACGGUAUGCAAUCUCCAGGGCUGAGUCUUCUGAUAGGCAAGAGAGACAGUCUCAUUGGAACAAGUUUAACAAUCAAUACGAAUGUCGUGGACGCAAAGAAAUCAAAGAUUGUCGUUUGGCCAGAAUGGAAUGAUGCUGAUGUAAAUGCAGAAAAAUGGGAAGCUACAAAAAGAGAUGAUAAAAAAGGCAAAUCUCCUGUUGUUCAGUUUUCUACAUUAUAUGAGGAUCCAGAUGGCAGACUUGAAAUGCCCCCCUCAGUUAAAGUGGAUCAUUGGAAACGUCCUGCUGAUUUCAUUACAGACAGAGUUCCUGUUGUUGUUGACACUGAGCAUAUUCCAGAAGGUAUUGAUCUUUUAUCUCAAAAUGGUCAUCUGGACAAUAGUGAGAUGCUACGCUACUGCAUUAGCCAGAUCACUGCCCUCUGGGACAUGCAUACGGUUAAACCUACCAAUGAAGCAGCUUUGGAAGCCACUAUUCCUGGUGAUGACCCCACACAUUCUUGGCAGCCCUGGGGUCACAUCUACUCUCUGUGCAAAGCUGGGAAAGGGCCACACUUGCCCUUGUAUAAUAACUAUGGGAAAUAUGUGGUGAAGAUAUAUUGGAUGGGAUGUUGGAGGAAGGUCUACAUUGAUGACUUGAUGCCUUUUGAUGAGAAUGACAACCUGCUGCUUCCUGCUUCUGCAUUGAAACAUGAACUGUGGCCAAUGCUGUUGGCAAAGGCACUCAUUAAAGUUGCUUCCCUUGAUUACUCAGGAGGAAACCAAAGUCAAGAGUUUGGAGAUAUGACUGUUAUUCAUACUUUGACUGGAUGGAUCCCUGAGGCUAUCCCACUUCAUGUUGGUAUUACUAGAGUAACUCCUGAAGAUAUGAUUACACAAUGGAGAUGCCUUAUUGAAUCAUUCUUGAAACCUCAGGAUAAAAAACCUGGAUGUUUCCCUGAUACUCCACCACCUCCAUUACACAGCUAUAUGAAAGACAUUUGGGAGCUGAUGAGAAACACUCUUCCUGAAUGGAAACUGCCUUUACAAGAGUGGGAGAAAAAGAAAGAGCCAACAGAUAUUGCCAGUUUGGAUGCUAAGCUCAAAGACGAUAAAGCUGAACAAGUGCCAAAGGAAACUAAAGAUGCUAAAGGGGAUAAAUCUAAAGCUAAAGCUAAAGAUGUUAAAGGCAAAGACAAAGACAAGGAAAAAGCUAGUAAAGGAAAAGAGAAGGACAGACAGCAAACUCACUCUUCUAAUUCUUAUGAAGAGAAGCCUAUUGAGGACUUUGUAAUGCCAGAGAAGCCAGAAAUUGUUAUGUUUGCAAGUUACAGCAACACUCCUAAAUAUCCUGUCAAAGUCUCAGUUUUGGGAGAAAUGGCUGAUGCAAGUGAAACUCUGAGACAGAAUGGCCUGUCUCAUUUGUUUUCACAUCCUGUCUACCUGUCUCAGACAAGGUCUUGUCCUUUAGAGCCACCACCUCCACCAAUAGUUAUCCCCGCAUGGAAGUUAAUACGACCUCGUAAAAAGAAAAGCCCACCCCAUGAUGAGCCUGUUGUUAUUCCAGAGCCUCCCAAAGAAAUCAGAUGUAUAGAAAUAGCCUCACUUUUUGUAAAUUACAAAGUCAGCAACUAUCCUAUACCAACGGAUACCCAUCGUCCCAAAUCAGCUCUUGAGCGAGGAGGUGCUAGAUCGAGGUCAGAUAAUGAAAACCGUAUAGAUGAAAAUGAAGAGAAUUCUAUACCUCCUCAAACAGAAGCUGUAGUUGAAACAGAGCCUGACAAGACAGUUGAAGAGAAGAGUCUAGCAGAAGAUAUUAUAGUUAUACCAUCUACAAAACGAAGACAGUCUGUAAAGAAGUUAUUGAAAAAUCUAGAAAGAUCAGGAUCUAAAGCAGACUCAGUGAAAACUGUUUCAAAACUGGAGGAACAUAAAUCUAAAGAAACAAUCAACCUUAAUGCAGCUUUAGAAAGUCAGUCUUCACAACCACAGGGGAAUUCUGCCCCUCCAGAUGUAGAAGAGGAACCAGCCAAAGAGCCUAUCAUUAAAAAAACCUGGAUGGAUUUUGACACAUUCUACAAGUGUUUUAAGACUUUGUAUAUUUUUCACAAGGCUAAUACAUACCCUUGGACUCAAAGGCACAGUGACUACAAGAGCAAUCCCGUAGAGUUACAUGUUGAAAAGCCACCGAGUGUUUUACGCAAAACAAGUAGAAAUACAAUGGUUCCUGCUACAGCUACCACUGUUAAAUCUGAAAAGAAAUUAUUUUCUUCACCUAUGGGUUCAUCAGACAGCUCAACAUCAUAUUAUCUGUUUGUGGACAACCUGAACCCAACUGAUAUUCUUGUGUCCUACUCUGUUAUACCUCGAUGGUUCGACCCACCGGUUGUAUAUCCUGAGGAAAAAAAAAUGUCUAUCUCCAAGUCAGCCAAGGAGAGAGAUGGGGAGAAACUUGAAAAGGAACUAACAAAUCUUUCCCUGGGUGAACAGUUCUCAACUGAAAUAAAACCACCCCCAGUUGUUACUCCUGGUACACUGGUAGCGGAACCAUAUUCCUGGAAAAGUUUAGUGACUGGCCAACCCAUUUUACGUUUAAAAACAACAGGCACCAAAGCAGCCAUGCUCAGUCUUCCUGCAGGACGUCAUGUCCUGAAAUUUAUGAUGUCAUCUAAUCUGGGUCACCAUGUACACAUGUGCUCCACAGCUAAUUUUACUUUUGGUGAUGAAGAGACUAUCAUGCCCAUGCUGACAGCUGAAAGCUGUCGAUUCAAAGACAAUGCCAAUAGCAUCAUUCAAAACCUGAAUAAAUGUAUCAAUAGCUUUACAGAUACGCUACAGUUUCAACAAGCUUGGGAUAUGUUUGUUGAAAGUCAUUGUCCAUUUGUGAAGAACAAGCAGUUUUCUAAGACCCAACAUUUCCAAAUAUUUAACGAAUCCUUCUAUGCCAUGUUGCGGAAGACAUUAAAAGACAUGAUUAAUGCAGAAGUGGCUUUUGCUUGGAGAGCAUUCAAUUUUGAUGCAGUCACACCAAACAUAUUGGGACAUAGUAGUGCUUCAAGCAGACCAGAGCUGCGACAGUUUUCUCCACCUCCACUACUGUAUGAGUCCAGGGCCAUAUCAGAUGAUAAAAUCCAUGCAGAUACUAAAGGCACAAGUGUUACAAGUGUACGUAGCUCAGCAAAGCCACUUCAAAAGAAACGAGGUGGUAAUCAAAGUGCUGUUUUGCCAGACUCAACUUCUUCUGAAACAGAUGUGGAAAAAAAUGAAACAAACUGGACAAACAGCCUUGAUGAGGAUGAAAAUGAAAAUUCUGCCAGUCCAAGAGAGAUGUCUAAACUAAAGCAGCCGACUGUUGAAGAACUUGUAGCUGCUGUCAAAAUUCAGAAAGUCUGGAGAGGAUAUUUUACAAGAAAACUGAAAAAAGCUCGUGUUGGAGGUACAGAAUUAAAUGCCAAAGUAUUUGACACCUUAAGCAGGUGUUUGACAAUCAUUGAAGCUAAUUCAGAGGAAAAUGGCCUUUUCUUACUUAGAGAAAUUUUCAAGAGAAAUCCUGACAUAAUGGCCCAGUACCCCUUUUUUAAAGAUGAAUGGAAUAAAAUCUGCUAUGCUGAUUAUAAAGGUGCUUACACUGAGCAGCCAUCAAUGAGCUGGUUUAUUGUCUUUAGAGAUAUAUUUUAUGUGAAAGAAGAGACACUGGUAGUCCCUAAACUGUAUGUGCCUAUAAAUACAUGUUUACUUCGAGUCAUUGACAAUGACACCUACCAAGAGAUUCCAAGAGUUUUCCAGAAGGUUGCUCCAUACAUCUAUAAGAAAAAUAAGAAAGGCUACUCUUUUGUAGCAGAAGCAAGAACUAUAGAGCAACCUUUGACCCCUGGCAACUGGCGCAUGCGUCUCAUAGGCUCAUUAAGUCCUUUACCAGCACCACAGACACAAGAUGUUUGCUGCAGCUUUGUAACAAAAGAAAUUAGAGAUUACUACAUUCCCAAUCCAAAAAAUAUCAUUUUGAGACAAAGUGUGAAGGUGGCUGAGGAUCACUUUGCCAGUCUUCAGCUCAACACAUCUAAACCUGAUGCAUACAUCAAGCUGGCUGUCCUGGACAAUGAGGAGGAAAUCAUCAGUGCUGUAGGACAAGGUCAUGUUGUUAUACCAGCAUUCACUUUCCUUAAGGACAUUACCCAGGAGGACUUGGACAAUAGAAGGGCUAGCUCUAGAGCAUCUUUACGUGGUUCAAACAAUGCAAUCUCUGCUAAAGCUGACAAGCCAUCAAGAAGCAAGAGAACAGAAUCUGUUACCAAUGCAGAUCAGUCCCCUCCAUCUAGAAACAGCAUGAGAUCUGAUGCUGAACUGGCAGAGAGAUUAGAAGAUAGCAGGCCUCACAAAUAUGUUAUACAAGCCACAGUGUUACAGAACAGCUGGCCACUUUCUGAAAGUGCCUGGAGAUUUGUUCAAAUGUUGAAAGAGAUGGAGAAAAAUGAUUUGAAAGUGAGUAACAGGCCACUUUCAUCACCCAAGUUGGAAAAGACACCAAUGCCAAAACAAUCUUCUAAACCUAAGGUAGGCAAGGAAAAGGGGGCAAAAGAAAAAGAGAAGGGUCAAGAAAGCAGGUUAUCCAGGCCUCCAUCUCAAACUUUUGACCUCAGCAAACCACACUGGACCUUAAGAGUUGUCAGUGAUACCUUUGCUGCUGAGGAGAUUGAGAUCAAGAAAGAUACUGAGAGAGCAGAUGAAAUCAGAGCUAUGAAGAAAGCUUGGGAGGAGGCAGAACCUGGACGAGCAGCUAAGGCCCUACAGUCAAGACUUGCAUACCUUAAUUCUCAUGCUGUUAAGAUAGCACAGCCUGCAGGUGAGUUAAGUGGUGGAGUGAAUGCAGAGCAGCCACCUGACAUGGGCUACGUCAACAAUGACCAGGAAUUGUUACCCCCACUGACACCCAAUUCUUUGACUGAUAUGGUUGAAUCUGAGGUCAAUUUGACCCUGGAGCCCCCUAGCCUCGCCUACUCUAGGGAAGUUAUUGAACCUUUAGACCUGACACCAUUUAUCAAAAAGACUCUACCAGAGCCUAAAUAUCUGGAUGAGUUUGAGCAACAGAAACUGCUAGAGCAGCGCCAGCAGGAAAUUGCAGAGUACAAGGCUUUUAGAGAGAAAGUAGAACAGUGGAGGGAGUUGGAUAGACAGUUGAGGAAUAAAGCCAAAAUCCAACAGUUGAAACAGUGCCAGGCUUUGCAGGCAGCCAUUGAUGCAGCAAGGGAGAAAAUCAACAUCCCCAGAGAAGCCAUCAGACAAAAAUUUCUGGAAGCUGAAAAACAUCGCUUGGAGGAAGAAGAAAAACUAAGAAAUGCAUUAAAAGCUGAACAGGAUGUGAAAACAGCUAAAGCUCCAAAAAAGAGUGCCAAAAAGAAGUAAGGGAUCCACCCAAAAAUACAAUGUUUACAGCAGAUGAGCCAUGAACCUGUAUUUAUUAAGAAGUAUUUUUUUUAUAAGUUCUAAUAUAUAAAUUAACAUUUUCAUCUACUACUAGAAGCUGUGUACUAUAACUAAUAAAUAAUAUUCUAAAACUACAGGGAUCUGUCUUUGAUAGAGUGAAUGCUUUAUGAUAACUUUGUUUUCUUUCCAGUUCUAGUGAAGUAUGAAAUUAUUGUUUCAUUAAAUUGAUACUUCAGUCUGUGAUUUAAUUUUUUUUUUUUAAAUUUUUAUGAAGUGUUUGUUUUUUAUUUCAAAAUUUUUCAGCAGUAUUUUUUCUGAAACUUUUCCUGUUUUGUUAAAUUUUUUUAAAAAUUUGACUUCAAACAUUUAAUGAUUAAAAAUGUGAUUUACAGAAUUUGUUUGUUUCUCUUUUUUAAAAACAUGUUUUUUUCACCUACAUCAACAUAGUAGAACUGGUUAAUUUGAUCACCAUCAAAAACACUAAAACUGGAAUCUUAUGUAAGAUUGUUCUUUAUUGAUUUCUCAUCAGCUUUUAAUACCAUACAACUUCAUUUACUUAUUGAAAAAAUGAAAGCGUUGAAGAUUAGUCCAUAUAUAAUACUAUGGGCUAAUGAAUUUUUGACCCGGAGACCUCAGAGGGUUAGGAUAAACAAUGUAAUAUCAAAUGGACACAGAUUUAAAACAGGGGUGCCCCAGAGGGCUGUGACAUCGCCAUUGUGGUUCAUUUUGUUCACCAAUGAUUUUCAAUCUGAUAGUUCUUUUUGCUCCUUCACAAAAUUCACUGAUGAUGUGGCUCUUCUUGCCCUGCUCUCAGAGAGUUCAGACGUAAAUGAAUAUUUCAGAGAAAUAGAACACAUGAAAAAUACUGUAAAGAUAAUUUUGUAUUAUUAAAUGUAAAAAAAAAACAAAGAAAUAAUAAUGGAUUUUCGUAAAGGGGGGGGGAGGUGAGUUUAGGCACAUCAGCACAAUUUAGGCCAUGUCGUGCCCUUUUUGUAGGGAUAAGGAAAACGAUGUUUCUGUAGCUGGAGAGACUAUUGAAAUAGUGCAAACUUUUAAAUACUUUGGUACUAUCCUAACUACAUUUUACUGCAAAUACUGAUAUCAGAAAAAAAAGGUCAGCAAAGAUUACAAUUACUGAGAAAACUGUCCUCGUUUAAUGUUAACAAAAGGCCUUGGCUAUGUUUUAUCAUGCUCACAUCUGCAAUGUUAGGUUUUAAUAUCACUGCCUGGUAUGGCUAUCUGAGCAUUAAAAAUAAAAAUAAACUUCCUAGAAUUCUAAAUGCUGCUGGUAAAGUCAUUGGCAAAAAACAAGUCCCAUUUGGGCAGCUGUUUAAGACAAACAUCCUUAAAAAAGCUAAAAAGAUUUUAGAAAUAAAUUAUCACCCUUUGGAUCAGUAUUUUGUGAUUUUACCAUCACAAAAGAGAUACAUGACAUUGAUAUACACAAAAACUCUUGUUCCCCUGGCAAUCAAAUCAUUAAAUAAAAACAAUCUGGUAUAAACUUUUCACAUGUAAAUUAUGAGCGAGUCUGGUGUGAAUCUACAUUUUGGUUUUUUAUAGUUAUGUUUUGUUUGGUGUAAUGCACAAAUUCUAAGACAAAUUUUCUUAUGGACAAUAAAGAUUAUUAUUUAAAGUUA